AUGGAUUCAGCGCAGCUCUCGCAAUUGAGCCGGAACCUGAGAUCUCUCCCUAUACCCACUACGACCGAUGAUCUCGAGGAGACGUUGAAGAAGCUGCAAGACCUCGCCGAAGUGGUCACGCAGGGCAAUAGUCUAGCAUUGUUCACCGGGCUGAAGCUUGUCGCGCUACCCACCCGAGAUCCGGAAACCCUGGCCAAGGAACAGAUGUCACCCAACGAGAUCCUCCUCUAUGAGGCAUGGAAGGCAAGGAAAGCAGAUCCCAACGUCGAAGGAAGCCUGCUCCCGAGCUUCGAUUGGAUCGCGAAUGUGGCGCCGGUCCCUCAAGGCGCGCAUAGUCUAAAGAAGCUCACGAAGCGGGCGGCGGCCAUGGAUGUGGUCUUCGAUCAUCAGGGCGCUACGCCGGAGAACGCUGCAUGGCUGACCUCGCGUAUGCCGGCAACAUUGCCCCUGGUGAAGGCGGUAGCCAGGAUCUCCCAUUGCAAGCAAAGUCUCGAGCAGCAGAGCCAGGCGCACUUUCGCGGACUGUCCGACAUGGAGGCCGCGGAGGUUGAGACCAUCCGCAAGAUUGUGGCCGUGGCAGAGGCCAACACAAAUCGCGAGCUGGAAAGGAUGCGCCGAUUGGCUCGGUCGAUCAGAGAGUCUGCGUCGAUCAUAAAGUCCCGCGCAGAGGCUCUGCAGGAAUCUCGAGACCCUGUCUCAGCUUUACAUGGAGAAGACUGA